AAGACGUAGAGGAAGUUGUCGCAUGCUACUGGGCAACUGAGGAUAUAUUAGCGUAGCUAGUUAGCUAAUGCCUAUGCUGUUAGAUUUUGUCAACAAAACGUCACAUACCUGAAUGUUCUUACGAUUUAACCGAUGGUGGUCGGUGUUAAAUGAUUUGGAGUACAUCGACACUUAACUAAAUAAUUUGUUAAACAGUUGCCACUGAUACAUUGAUACAUCGUUUUUAAAUUUCUUAGCGAGUUACUUAAUCUUAACGUUAGCUAGCCUGUUAUCUCGGGGAUCACCGCCCGGAUGCUUUGAAGAAUCAAGCAACGCUAGCUACGGCCUUCCAGUGGACUUCAGCAGCGGCUUUGAAUAAUGUCAAGUAGCCGACAGCCACAGACUGGUGGAGGGUCAGGCUCAGGGCCAGGGCCUGGGACAAGUAGCAGUAUCAGCACUGCCAGUACCACCAAUGCAGGCAGUGGUAUGAGUAAUGCUACAAAUGGGAAUAAUUCUGGAAAUGGAGUGUCCUCAAGAACUAUGGGAACAGGAGGCGAAGGAUUGCCCGUACCUUCACUUGUUGUCCAUUCUCAAAGGGGCAACAGUUUAACACCGCUUAGUGGCAGACCUGCCUCUUCUUCUGGAGGAAGCAGCAGUAAAAAACGACAUUUACAAACUCCCCUUUAUAAUGGCCUUAUUAAUUCUUAUGAAGAUAAGAGCAAUGACUUUGUGUGUCCCAUCUGUUUUGAGAUGAUCGAGGAAGCACAUAUGACAAAGUGUGGUCACAGUUUCUGUUACAAGUGUAUCCGUCAGAGCUUGGAAGACAGCAACAGGUGCCCAAAAUGCAACUACAUAAUCGAUAAUGUGGAUCAACUCUAUCCAAACUUUCUUGUUAAUGAGCUCAUCCUGAAGCAGAAGCAACGAUUUGAGGAGAAGCGACUUAAGAGAGACCAUCCUAAUGGUCAUAGGUGGCCAUUUUCCCAAGAUGUUCUGGGCACCGAUCAAGAGAGUCUGGAUUUGGCGAAUGUCAACUACAUGCUGGAGUUGUUUCUGCAGAAGAAGAAGCAGCUGGAGGCGGAGUCCCAAGCAGCUCAACGCCAGAUCCUGAUGGAAUUUCUUCAGGAGGCAAGAAAGAACAAGAGAGAGCAAUUAGACCAGUUACAGAAGGAGGUCAACUUUUUGGAGGAAGACAUCAAACGGGUUGAGGAAAUGAGUGGACUACAUUCACCAGCAAGUGACAUGGACCCCAAUUUGGACAGCACAGUCCCUCAGAUUGAAGCCCAUUCUCCAGCACCCAGUAGUAUUAUUGAGCCCACAGAGUAUAGCCAACCUCCAGGAUUUGGUGGAAGCUCUCAGGGGAAACGACAAACCUGGUAUAAUAGUACGCUGGCGUCACGACGAAAGAGACUCACGGCUCAUUUCGAAGACCUGGAGCAAUGUUACUUCUCCAAUAGGAUGUCUCGUAUAACAGAUGACAGUAGGAAUGUCAAUCAGCUGGAUGAUUUCAUGGAGUGUCUCUCCAAAUUCACACGGUACAACUCUGUCCGGCCUCUGGCCACCCUCUCCUAUGCAAGCGACCUCUACAACGGCUCCAGUAUUGUCUCCAGCAUUGAAUUUGACCGUGACUGUGAUUACUUCGCCAUCGCCGGCGUCACCAAGAAAAUUAAGGUGUACGAGUACGGCACUGUGAUCCAGGAUGCCGUGGACAUCCAUUACCCUGUCAACGAGAUGACAUGCAACUCCAAAAUAAGCUGUAUCAGCUGGAGCAGUUACCACAAGAAUCUGUUGGCAAGCAGUGACUACGAGGGGACGGUCAUCCUCUGGGAUGGCUUCACGGGCCAAAGGUCAAAGGUCUACCAGGAGCAUGAGAAGAGGUGUUGGAGUGUGGAUUUCAAUCUUAUGGACCCUAAACUCCUGGCUUCUGGCUCAGAUGAUGCGAAAGUGAAGUUAUGGUCAACCAACCUUGACAACUCUGUGGCAAGCAUCGAGGCCAAGGCAAACGUAUGCUGUGUUAAGUUCAGUCCCACGUCGAGGUAUCAUCUUGCCUUCGGCUGCGCAGACCAUUGCGUCCACUACUAUGAUCUCCGGAACACUAAGCAGCCGAUCAUGGUCUUCAAGGGACACAGGAAAGCUGUUUCCUAUGCGAAAUUUGUCAACGGGGAGGAAAUCGUAUCUGCCUCCACGGACAGCCAGCUAAAGUUGUGGAACGUCAACAAGCCCUACUGCCUGCGCUCUUUCAAGGGCCACAUCAAUGAGAAGAACUUUGUGGGCCUGGCCUCCAACGGAGACUAUGUAGCGUGCGGAAGUGAGAACAACUCACUUUAUCUCUACUACAAAGGGCUGUCCAAAACGCUGCUGACUUUCAAGUUCGACACGGUGAAGAGCGUGCUGGACAAAGACAAGAAGGAGGACGACACCAACGAGUUUGUCAGUGCAGUGUGCUGGAGAGCGCUGCCAGAUGGGGAGUCUAAUGUGCUGAUAGCCGCCAACAGUCAAGGAACAAUAAAGGUACUUGAGCUUGUUUGAUCGUCCAGCCGAUCUAGUAGAGCCUUUGUGAAAACUCAGCAUCAUUCUCACAUUUGGAAAACUAGAGACUGGAAUGGCGUUGCGUUCGCGUGAACAUAAAGCAAACACUCGGACAGGUUGUGAACGAGUAAAGAUGCCGAAGAGUUUUAAUUUACAACUAGAACUUCCUUUGGAGUGGACUGACUCUGACGGUAGCGAUGUUGGAUUUAGGCUGAAAUCAAGUGAGCGCCCCUCGAGGGAAUGGGAGAGGACAGAGGGGAGCAUCACUGAACGCCUCUCUUUCAAAAUUAGCCUUUUUAGUUGUGAAGAAAAUAAAGUCCUUGCUGAGUGAAAUCACAGAAAUCAACCAAGGUGACUGGAUGGAGACAACACUCCAUCUCCGCUCCUUAAAACCUCUCAGCCGGAGUAAAGACAACCACAGCAGAACGUAUCGACUAUUAAGGCCAAAGCACAAGAACAGACCACAAUUAAAUGCUUUUCCUUGUACAGGUUAUCGAUCGAGCAAUGUUUUUUUUUUUUUUUUUUUUUUUUGCGUGUUAUCCAUCUCUCUUAUUGUCAUGUUCGUUGUCUUUUAAUAUAUGUCGACUACAUUCUCAGAUUGGAACGCUGGUCUUUGCCCUUUGUUUUCCUCUUCCGCUCUUUGCUAAGUGGGGAAAGUUUACAGUACAUUCAGUAUAUUGUAACCCAUAUGUUGUAUUCAUAUUUGCAGCAAAUAAGAACGUUUUCUUUUCAUGUUUGAUAUUCUCAGAUAGCAUGGCUCUCUUUGGCCAUGGUGCUUGUGCAAUCAAAAAGUGUUUCACUUUCAGAUUCAUUAGGCUUCAUUGGAAAAGAUGAUUGGCUAAUAGAUAAACAGAGCUAGAAAUGAAUUCAGAUGAAACGCAGAUUUUUAACAGUCUUUCAAUUUAAUGUCAUUGAUUUUAAGAGCUUGGAAGAAGACUUCCCCUUGCAUAUGGGUUAAUAGAUAUAAAUAAUAGAAGAAGAAUUUAAGCAAGAGUUAACCCUAAUCCGAGGCUUUAAAUCUUUAAAAAUUCUGUUAGAAUCUAGUAGUGUUCCCUCCUUUUGAUUUCCCAAACAUCAGAUUUGGAAUACUUGGAAGUCUUGAUGUUUUUUUCUUGACACAAGCGCAAACAUAUUGGAAUAUCAGACUUUCCACUAGGGAAACAUCGAAGAUUGCUGUUAUGAAUUCACUACAUGUACUUUAUGAAACUUGUUUCCCAAUAACUUACAUUGCAGCUGCUCUUUCAUCAGUGAAUCUCGGUCUAAGUAUUAUUUAUUUUUAUAAUUUAUAGAGCAUUUUUGAGCGUGGUCCCACAUCAGCCAUUGGUCCUCAAACGGUGUUUGUCUUUCCGUAGGAAUUCCUUUAGUGUACCAAACCUUUUCCUAUUUGUGUCUUUCCAUCAUCCAAUUUUAACUACAUUGCAAAUAAAUAAAUGAUCAACUUUU